AUGGCACAAGAAAAGCAUAAGGCAACUGCUCCAUUCAAUCAUGUUCAAGGCAUUGCAUCGACCAAUGUACCUUGUUAUUCAAAUGGUGACGAUGAAUUUUUUUCCGUUGAACAACAUUAUUUUCAUGGUGUUUUCAUGGGUUUUAAAUGGCAAUGUGUCGAAUUUGCUCGCCGUUGGCUACUCAUACGUAAACGAUGCAUAUUCAAAAAUGUUCGACAUGCUUCUCAUAUUUUUAAUGAAAUAACAGAUAUUGAACGGGUGACCGAUGGUAAAUUAUUUCCAUUAAAAUCAUAUCCAAAUGGUUCAACACAUAAACCGGAGGCGGAUUCUAUACUAAUAUUUAGUAAAUCAAAUGAACAACCUUUCGGUCAUAUUGCCAUUAUUUGUGAAGUUUUACCUGAUCGUGUUCGUAUAGCUGAGCAAAAUUUCGAUUCGAAGUAUUGGCCUGGCAAUUAUGCUCGAGAAUUAAUGAUGGUGAAAGAAAAUGAACAAUAUUUUCUUAAAGAUCCAGAACAUGAGAUCACUGGUUGGAUGGAAAUCGAAGAUAAUCAUCAGUUAGAACCGUUAGAUGAAUCAGAAAUGGAUUCAAUUCUUGAACAUUAUCAACAACCGAGACCUGUUGGUAACUUAGAACGUUGUUUUAUUCCCUAUGAGAAUGAUGAAGUCAAAGAGCAAUGGCUUGAUAAAAAUUGUCCAGCAGAAAACUAUUUUAUGGAUUGGUAUGGUGAAAGUAUUGCUCGACCCGAUGCAAAACAAUUAUCUUAUUAUAAAAUUGACCAAGACUUUUUAUUAAAUGUUGGUACUACUUCCAAUCAAUUACAACGCAUGUUUAUGGCAGCUACUGAACGAGUGAUAAAUGAUGAUGAUUUAAUGACACGUUUCUGUAUACCGAAGGUGUUCUGGUCACAUAUUCGUCGAUCGUGGGCGAAUGAUCAAGAUCUUCAAAUAUCCGGUCGAUUCGACUUAGCUUUCGAUGGUAAACAAUUGAAAGCAUUUGAAUACAAUGCUGAUAGUGCAUCGGCUAUGUUCGAAUGUUCAAUUAUUCAACCAAAAUGGACUAAAGCUGCGAAGAUUGAAUGUGUAUUUACAGGAGGUUUUCAAAUGCAUCGAGUUCUAGUCAAAAAUUGGGAGAAUUUAAAUUUAACAAAAAUUGUUCAUAUUUUAAUUGGUACUGAUCGCGAUGAAAUGUUAACUGCACUUUACAUGCAAAAAGCGAUGAACGAAGCUGGCAUUCAAACGAAAUUAUGUGUAGAUAAUAAAGAUUUUUUCUGGAAAAAUGGAUCUAUUAUUGAUAAUGAUGGGCAACCGGUAACAUUUGUUUGGAAACUUUGGAUGUGGGAAACAAUAUUUAAAGAUUAUAACAAUGCACAAAAAGAACGUGCACAAGAGAAUACUAACGGAUCGACAUGGAUGCCAACUGACGGUGAACAUCCUCGUCUUAGUGAUAUUCUUCUUAACGAUCAGAUUCAAGUUGUUGAGCCACUUUGGAAAGUUAUUAUGAGUAAUAAAGCUCUUCUACCUGUACUCUGGUCCAUGUAUCCUAAUCAUCCAAAUUUACUCCGUAGUGAAUGGACACUGAGCGACGAUUUGAAACAUUGUGGUUACGCAAAAAAGCCAAUUGUUGGUCGCUGCGGUCAAAAUGUAACCUUGUUCAAGGCAGAUAGUGAAUCAGUAAUCGAUCAAACGCAAGGUAGUUUUACCGAUCGAGAUUGUAUCUAUCAAGAAUUCUUACAUUUAAAAAAUUUUGAUGGUUAUUAUUGUAUUAUCGGUAGUUGGAUUAUACAUGGUAUCUUUACUGGUUUCUGUAUUCGAGAAGAUCAGAAAUUAAUCACCGAUGCUGAAAGUCCAGUGGCCGCAUGUUGUAUUGUUUGGAAAUAG